AUGGGAAACAGUGAGGAAGGGAAAUCUGUUAAAACUGGAAGUCCUUCUUCACCAGCAACAACUGAUCAGACCAAUCAGGCAAACCAGCCAAACAUUCAUGUCUAUCCCGAUUGGGCUGCCAUGCAGUAUUAUGGGCCAAGAGUCAACAUUCCUCCAUACUUCAACUCAGCCGUGGCAUCUGGUCAUGCUCCACACCCAUAUAUGUGGGGUCCGCCACAGCCUAUGAUGCCACCUUACGGGCCACCAUAUGCAGCAUUUUAUUCUCCUGGAGGGGUUUAUACUCACCCUGCAGUUGCUAUGGGGACACAUUCACAUGGUCAAGGAGUUCCUUCUCCACCUGCUGCUGGGACUCCUUCAAGUGUGGAAUCACCAACAAAAUUAUCUGGAAAUACUGAUCAGGGUUUAAUGAAGAAAUUGAAAGGGUUUGAUGGGCUUGCAAUGUCAAUAGGAAAUUGCAAUGCUGAGAGUGCUGAGCGUGGAGCCGAAAACAGGCUGUCACAGAGUUUGGAUACCGAGGGUUCCAGCGAUGGAAGUGAUGGCAACACUGCAGGGUCUAAUCAAACAAAAAGGAAAAGAAGCCGAGAGGAAACAUCAACCACUGAUGGAGAAGGGAAAACUGAGACACAAGAUGGGCCAGUUUCCAAAGAGACUGCAUCUUCAAAACUGCUCAUGUCUGCUACCCCAGCUAGUGUAGCUGGAAAGUUAGUUGGACCUGUAAUUUCUUCAGCUAUGACCACGGCACUGGAGCUUAGGAACCCUUUGACUGUUCAUUCUAAGGAAAAUCCCACAAGUGCCCCACAACCUUGUGCACCCGUGCCUCCGGAAGCUUGGUUACAGAAUGAGCGGGAGCUGAAACGGGAGAGGAGGAAACAAUCUAACCGUGAAUCUGCUCGAAGGUCCAGGCUGAGGAAGCAGGCCGAGACUGAAGAAUUGGCACGAAAAGUUGACAUGUUAACUGCUGAGAAUGUGUCACUGAAAUCUGAAAUAACUCAAUUGACUGAAGGUUCUGAGCAGAUGAGGAUGGAAAAUUCUGCAUUGAGGGAAAAACUGAGAAACACACAUAUAGGACAAAGGGAAGAGAUAAUUUUGAGCAACAUUGAUAGCAAGAGGGCUACACCUGUAAGUACUGAAAACUUGCUAUCAAGAGUUAAUAAUUCCAGUUCUAAUGAUAGAACUGCAGAGAAUGAAAGUGAUUUCUGCGAGAACAAACCAAACUCUGGUGCAAAGCUGCAUCAACUACUGGAUACAAAUCCCAGAGCUGAUGCUGUGGCAGCUGGUUAA